AAUUGAAAGCAGGAGCAAAGAACUAUCAUUGACGAUUAAUAAUCAAAAUAUCCACUACUUUAGUCAUUCCCAUAACAUUUGCUUUGAUUAUCUCCAAGUUUUUCACCCUCCUUAUCAUAUCCAAGCAUUCAAUUUUUGUACUUGUUACUUUGCUCAUUCUUCAUUGUUCAUACUUCAUUCUCCCUCUCUUCCAUUAACGGUUACAUGCCCAUAAAUAAAUCAUGAAUGGUCCUGGGUUUGAUUGGUUAAACCUACCUCCUGGGUCUGCAGGUAAUGGUAUUAAUCCAACUCCACCUCGACCAACUCAUAGUGAAACAUUAAUUAAUCAUAAUAAUACUAAUAAUACUAAUAAUACUAAUAAUCAUAAUAAUAUAAAUGGAAGUGGAUCAGCGUCUCCAGCUCCAAAUGUUUCAUUUGGUAUAAGUGGAUCACCACAUAUUACUACAACAGAUUAUAGUAAAACUUAUGCUUCUUCUUUACAACCAAAUUUACAUUCUCAUCUGCAAGAUUCUAAUAAUUCUGGAUCUCCUAAUUCAUCAGAUAUUCAAAAUUAUUAUUUUAAGAAUAAUUCAGCUGAUCAAUUAACUAGGAAAAGUUUUGGAGGUUAUUCAAAUUCUAAUUCUAAUGAUAGAUUAAAUCCUAAUAAUAUUAAUUAUAAUUCAACAUUUCUUAAUAUAACUAGAAGUGAUAAUAAUAGUUUAGAAAGUAUAGCUCAUUCAAAUUCUCUUGGAGGAGAUAAUUCAACAUCUUUACUUGAUUAUGAUGAAGAUUCAGGAAUUCCAUUAUCUUUAACAGCUCAAGAAUUAACUUUACAAGAAUCAAAAACUUAUAUGAGAUGGUAUAGUGAUAUACUAGCAAGAACUAAUAGUAGAACAGUUACAUUAAAUGAUGUAUUUAAUUUUUUAAUUAAUUUUAAAUUAUCUCAAAUUAUAAAAGAUAAAAUAAGUCGAAUUUUUCAAAAAAUUAUUUAUUCAAUUAAUAUUGGAGAAUUUUUUGCAUUAUUAAGAUUAAUAAGUCAUACAUUAACUGGAGCUGAACCUCGUAGAAAAUUAAUUAAAGUUCAAGCAGCAGUUCCAACACCUCCUUCAAUUUUAUCCAAGAAGAGACAAAAUGAUGAUGAUAAUGAUAGUGAAGGUAAUUUAAAUGAUAAUGAUUUAUCUAUAGCGAAUGGGAUUAAUAAUAAUGGAAAUGAUAAUAAUAAUAUUGGUAUAUCAUCAAUAGAACAAAAUAAACCAUUAGAUCUUGAUAGUUUUACACAAUUUAUUUUAACUGGUGAAAGACCUGAUGAUACACCAAAGAAGAAAAGAAAUAAAAAAUUAAAAUCAGUUAAAUUUUCUGAUAGAAUAGUAACUGAUAUUCAUGAAGAUUCAUUUAUGCCUUCACCUUCAGGAUCUCCAUUUCCUCAACAAGAAAGUUUGGAUUAUUCUUUACCAAUGGAUCAAUUAUUAGAUCGUAUGAAACUGCAACCUCAACAAUCUAAUCAAUUUAUAAAACCACCAUCACCUGAUGAAGAUGAACAACAAUUAUUAAGAGAUAUGGAAGGACAAAUUAAUCAUUUUAAAAAUUUAAAUUCAGUAGAUACAGCUCUUAUUGGUGGUAGUCUGGCAAGUAUACAUUUUCAUGAUGGUUAUAGUAAUGAUAAUUUACUUCAACCAAAUAUGACAGGUCCUGCUCAAAUGUCAAGAAUGUUUUCUCCAUCUCCAGAACCAAAACUUUUAAAACCUAAUAUGACAGGUCCUACUCAAAUGGCACAAUUUCAUUAUUCACGAGAUGAAGAUGAUGAAGAUACUGGAGAUUCAGGAAAUAGUAUUAAUAAUAAUGAAUCUCCUUCAUUCUUAAGACCAAAUGUUACAGGUCCAGCCGAUAUGGCAAGAAUCUUUUCACCUGAAUCUACGAAUAAUACUUCUGAAGUUCCUAAAAUCUCAUUACAAUCAUUUACAAAUCAAAUGACUGGUAAUACUAUGGCAAAUACUCUUCAAAAUUCAAGAACAACUAAUGAUGGUUCACCUUUACGUCCUUCAUCAUCUUCAUUUUCUACUGGUUCAAGAACAAAUGGUCCUCAACCUCCUCCUGUUCCAAAUACUAGAAGAACAAGAUCUAUAUCUUCUCCAACUCCUAGAAUUAGUUCACCAUUAUCAAAUAUCGUAAUUGCUGGGGAUUAUACAAAUUCAAAUCUAAAUGUUAAUCCAAGUCCAGUUCCUUUAAAUGUUCCACCUCCAGUCCCAAUAAGAUCUCCACUUCAUAGUAGUCCAAAUCCAAGUACAACUAAUGUACCAUCUCUAAAGAUUCCUCCUCCACCACCACCUGCAAGAAGAAGAAAUACUUCAUUUUCUCAAAAUCAAAAUCAAACUCAAACUCAAAAUUCAGUUCCACCAUUACCACCUAAAAUUUCGAUUGAAAAUGAUAAUUCAUCUUCUACAAAUUUAAGUACUCUAUAUAAUAAUGGUGGAUCUAAUGAUAGUACUAUAGAUAUCUUAGAUGAUUUAAAGGCAUUACAAGAGGAAGUAGAUAAAAUAAGAGAUAUGACUGGAGGGUUUUAGAUUCAUAUCCGACAUUUACAUUUAUAUUCACAUUUUCAUUUUCAUUUUCAUUUUCAUUUUCAUUUUCAUUUUCAUUUUCAUUUUCAUUUUCAUUUUCAUUU